UGAACCUCAUCUUACGAGGGCACGGCGCAAGAUGUCUUUACAUAGUAAUAUGAACUCAUUUACCCAUCCCAUGGCCCCUUCGACGGUUUGAGUCUAGUCAAAAGAACCCAUAUGUUCAAUAUUAUAACAUCAUAUUUUCGGUAGAUAACCUCACCAGACACAUCUUGGAAUUCACAAGGAUAUGAGCGUAUGGACUAUGCAUGGAGACGUUGAACGACUACCCACAUACUACCAAGUAGGAAGCUGUAGAAUCUCUGGCUCUCGCGCUGUAAAUAAACCGGCAUCUAUUUUCUAGAACCUCUGCCGCAUCGACGCAAUGCCGUCGUCCCCAAUUUCCUAAGCGCGAUCCCCCCAAAUUCCCCGCCCCCCUCCUCAUUGCAUCGACAAAUCCCCACGCGAUGCCGAGGUAACAGUAACAUAUAAGUCUGUAAGAAUACUUAGCUACCGAGAUACAAGAUGGCAGUUCUCUAUACCCCAAAUAAAUACUACGAAAAAGACCAACAUAACUAUAUACCCCCAAGUACGAAGCAUCUAGAGUACUAGCCAUUGUCCGAAAAGGGAACAGAAUGGGUGCCCGACAUCUGAAGACAGCUGCCCUCGUAGCAAGCACCUCGACCUCCCAGAAAGUCUCCGACAUCGUCAAGGGCGUAAUCUCCGACAUCAAAGCGCACGGCGACACCGCCGUGCGCUCGUACUCCGAGAAAUUCGACAAGUGGUCCCCCCCCUCCUUCAAGCUCAGCGCAGCCCAGAUCCAAGAAUGCAUCUCCCAGCUCCCCGCGCAGACCCUCGCAGACAUCGCGUCGGCGCAAGCCAACGUGCGGACGUUCGCGGAGGCGCAGCGCGCCAGCAUCAGCGACUUCGAGGUCGAGAUCCAGCCGGGCGUGUUCCUGGGGCAGAAGAGCAACGCGAUCGGCACGGCGGGCGCGUACAUACCGGGGGGCCGGUACCCGCUGCUGGCGUCGGCGCACAUGACGAUCGUGACGGCGAAGGUGGCGGGCGUGGAGCACGUCGUCGCGUGCACGCCGCCGAUCGCGGGGGAGAUCCCCCGCGCGACGGUCGCGGCCGCGCACAUGGCGGGCGCGGACGAGAUUUUCCUGCUGGGCGGCACGCAGGCGAUCGCCGCGAUGGCGCUGGGGACUGAGACGGUGAGGAAGGUGGAUUUCCUCGCGGGCCCCGGGAACGCGUUCGUCGCGGAGGCGAAGCGCCAGCUGUUCGGGGAGAUCGGCAUCGACCUGCUGGCGGGGCCGACCGAGGUGCUGGUUAUCGCCGACCAGUUCGCGGACCCGUUUACGAUUGCGACGGACUUAUUAUCGCAGGCGGAGCAUGGGCCGGAUUCUCCGGCGGUACUGAUCACGACUUCGGAGGAGGUGGGGAGGAAGACGAUGGUGUUUGUGGAUCAGAUACUGAAGGAUAUGCCGACGGCGGAUCUGGCGGGGACUUCGUGGCGGGAUUAUGGUGAGGUGGUCGUGGUGGAUAGCUUGGAUGAAGCAUUUGAGUUGGCGGAUGAGUAUUCGAGUGAGCAUGUGCAAAUCCUGACGCGGGAGCCGAGGGUGGCUUUGGAGAAGAUGAGGAAUUUUGGCGCGUUAUUCCUGGGCGAGAAGACUUGCGUUUCGUACGGUGAUAAGUGUAUCGGCACAAACCACGUCCUCCCAACCCGGAAAGCAAGCAGGUACACCGGUGGGCUAUGGGUAGGGAAGUACCUCAAGACGCAGACGUACCAAGAAGUGGUGGACGAGAAGGCGAGUGGGGAGAUUGGCCGGCUGUGCGGGCGCUGCUCGAGGGCAGAGAAUUUCGAGGGGCAUGCGAGGUCUGGAGACCUGAGGGCCCAUCUAUACCUACAGGACGAGCAUGCGUGGAUUGGUGAGGCGAAGAAAGUGUAGCAUAAGUACCUAUAUAGGUAGGCAGGCACGGGAAUAUACGGUGUUGCUCACUCAAAUCAGUACCAAAGUCAUCCACGUGAGAUAGGCCGCUUUAUUUAGUCCACGGACGACUAACGGUGUCUAGGUAGAUAUCCAAUAGUAUCGCGAUGUAUUUCAGAUGAACCCUACCUAGUAGCCAAUAGUCAAAAUACUUUCC